GGGAAAGAGGGGGAAUGGAGAGGGAAAACAGAGUGAUGUGUGUGCUGUGAAUUCAAAGCUGGGUGGGUCUACACUGUUUCACAUUUCCUAAAUAACUCCCGGUCCGUGCGUUAAAGCGCUUUCAGUUUUCAGAAGGCCACAAUGUUGAUGCUGGCUGGAAUCGUCGUUCUGCACAUUACCACCAUCAUCCUGCUUCUGGUGGCCACCAUCGAUAAUGCCUGGUGGGUCACUGACACAGUGUCAACUGACCUGUGGGGCAGGUGGGAGAUGAAAGGCUCAGUCUGGCAUUACACCAACCUGAAAGACUACCCUGAGGACUAUCUCCAGACAGUGCAGGCUACCUCAGUGUUGGCCUGUAUUUUUGCCAUCCUGGCCUUGUUUGUGUUUGUGGCCCAGCUGUUCACCCUGCCCAAAGGCCAGAGGUUCACCUUCACUGGCAUUUUACAGCUAAUCGCCUGCCUGUGUGUAAUGAUAGCAGCCUCGAUCUACACGGCUGAGCUUCACAGCACUGACGAACAGGGAGGGUACGGACACUCCUAUGUCCUGGCCUGGAUCUCCUUUGUUUUCACCUUCCUCUUAGCAAUCACCUACCUCGUCCUGCGGAAGAAGAGUGAGUGAGAGGAUACGAGGAAUGAGGGCAGGACUAAGAUCAUAUUUCUUUGAAUAUGGGAAAUUGUUAAAAAAUGGGAUUUACUUUUUUAAAUUUGUUUAAAAAAUGAAAAUAAUAAUUAAAAAAAACCCUUAAGAUGGUUGAUCUACAUCUGCAGCUAGGAAUGUGGGGGACUUGUAUUCAGUCACUACCAAGAGCCAUUUGUUUAUAUUUUGAAGAUUAUGAAUGGAAAUAGAACUCAUGCUAACUUUACAUGAAGGGCUUUAUAUGAACACUUUCCCUCAUAGAUUUCUAUUUGAUUUAAGUGAGAAGAGGGUAGGGCAGUAUUUUAUUAAUGAAUAGGUAUGGGGUACAAAAUGAAUCCAAAACAGUUGUAAUUAGGAGGAUGCAACGCUAAAAGUUUUAAUUUCAUGGCAUUAUGGCCAUAAAAUUAUGAAUAAAUGAAUUAUUUCCAUUGUCUUAUAAAUGUAGUUUCAUAUAAGUUUGAAUAUCUCAGUCCACACCCAAUAGUUUGACAUUUUAAUAAAUACACUUACUCGCUCUCUUGGCCAGUAUGAUGAGAAGAUCGAUACCACUCUCAACACAAUCUGUGUGUUCAAGUAUGAAGCUACAGCCAGCAGGUUAGCUUAGCUAAGCACAUAGACUGGGGAAACAAGUAGCCUAGCUCUGUCCCACAGAGCAUAGUCUGCUUACACACACCUCUAAAGCUCUCUAAUUAACAUGGAAGUGUACAAAUUGUGUUUUUAUGGGGGGUUGUUAUGAGCAGCACCAUUAAUGCUGUUUUUGUACUGGAGCAGGUAGGUAGUUUAGUUUGCCUCAGACAGAGCCAGGCUGGGUGUUAGCCCCGUUUUCAGUCUCUUUGCUAAGCUGAACAAACCUGCUAGCUGUAGCUUCAUAUUUACUGUACAGAGAGUGGUAUUGAUUGUAUGAUCUAACAUCCAACAAGAACAUGAACAAGUGUAUAUUCCAAAAUGUCAAACUACUGCUUUUAGAAUCUAACAGACUUACUGGUGUGAGAGGGGUUACACCCUCAUUAAAAGCCCCUUUGAGAUGUAGUAGUUGAGUAUAUUCUGUGAGAUGAAAGUACUUAUCAUCCUGUAUAAUCAUGUCGUGAGGCUGACAGCUACUACUGCAGGUUUCCAGAGUCGAGGAGUGAAGAGGAUACUGUAUCUGAGAAGGUACGGCAUGUUGGCGAAACUACAGCAUUCCUGUUGCAGAACUUGAACAAUCAGGAAAGACAAGUCUUAAUUUACAGUACAGGUAGUUUUAAUCAUGUAUCAUUAUUUUACAAUUGAAGUAUAGUAUAUCCUUUUUUUUAUCUAUGUACAUUGUAACCAUUAUAUUUUUGUAACAUUUUGUAUGGAGUGUUUUUUUUAAUCAGGUUUGAUUUUGUGUCUGUAGUUGGCUGCUAUCCUAAGAAAAGUACAUGCAAUUUGUACAAGUGAACAUAAAGUGAACCAGGGAGGGAGGACAAUGGUGUUUCAUUUCACCAUUUCAUCAGGACUAUACAAAAGAAGGUUUUGUUUGUAAUUACAUUGGAAUAAAAGCCAUAUCAUUUAUUAAUAAAAACAAACUAUAACACAA